AUGUCGCUCGACACUAUUCCAGAGUUUCUCGCCCAGCAACGGGAGAGCGCACCAGAGGAGCUUGAGCCUCUUAUUCUUGAAUUCGAAACCUUCUGGGAGCGCAAGCUCUGGCACCAACUCACAGAUUCCCUGAUUCUUUUUUUCAGCAAUCCCAAAAGCGCGCCACAGCGUCUUGCGUUUUACAAAGUAUUCAUCUUGAAAUUCGCAGACAGAAUUAAUCAACUCAAACUGGUGGACCUUGCCUUGAAGGCGGCAACCCAAUGCAAAGGCGAUCAUGAACGGUUAUCGUUCCUCUCUUCUGUCGUAGAGAAAGUCAACAAUGCCAACUCGCAGGACGCGCUCGUAUACGCUUCCGUGGCCGUGUCCCGUGUGAAGCUCAAUUUGAACGAUUUGGAAGGCGCGAGGCGGGACCUGGACGAAGCUGAGAAAAUAUUGGACUCUUUUGACUCGGUAGAAACGAUUGUACAUGCGUCAUUCUAUGAUGCAAACGCGAGCUACUACCAACGAAAAAUGGACUUUGCCAACUACUACCGCACCUCGCUUCUCUAUCUCGCCUGCAUCGAUCUGUCCUCACUUUCCGACGAAGAGCGCCAUAAGCGAGCGUAUUAUAUCAGUGUGGCCGCUUUAGUGUCAAGCAGCAUCUACAACUUUGGAGAGCUUCUACUGCACCCUAUCCUCGACGCUCUCACCAGAAGCAACGACGCCUGGUUACGCGAUUUAUUGUUCGCGUUUAACCGCGGAGAUCUCGCCGCUUAUGAUGGCUUAGCCAACAGUGUUGCUUCAAAUAAACUCCUCAGCGAGCAUUCUGCCCAUCUCCGUCAGAAAAUACAUCUGGCGGCUCUAACGGAAGCUGUUUUCCGGCGGCCCCCGCAUGACCGUACGAUGACCUUUGCGACGAUUUCACAAGAAACCAAGGUACAGCAAAACCAGAUUGAGCAUCUGUUCAUGAAAGCUCUCAGUCUCGGAUUGCUGCGAGGUACCAUCGAUCAAGUUGACGAAGUCGCCCGUAUCAGCUGGAUACAACCCAAGGUGCUUGACAUGAAACAAAUUGGCAACAUGCGUCAACGACUUCUUGACUGGGACUCCAACGUUAAUCAGCUUGGCAAUUGGAUUGAAACCGCUGGCAAGGAUGUAUGGGCUGCAUAG